AUGACAAUGACAAAUAAACUAUACUGCUUAUUUUUUGCAUUGCUUUUUGCUUUUACUAGCACUGUAUACUCGGCAAAUACUCACUUGGGUAUCGCACUACCUGCUCAUGGUAAGGAAUGUUUCUAUUACGACAUGGAUAGCGAAGAUGAUACGAUUGUUGUAGGGUUCCAAGUAUUAACAGGUGGUGAUUAUGACAUUGAUUUCGAGAUUAUUGGGCCAGAUGGAUCUGCCAUUGGUAGAGAAGAACAAAAGAAAGCUUCUGAUUUCUUACUAAAAUCAUUUGGUGUGGGGCAAUAUUCUUUCUGCUAUAUGAAUAACUACGGUAAUGAGGACAAAGUGGUCGAAAUUAUCAUAGAAAAAGAACGUCCUAUCACCAAUGAUAAUAUUGCUGCGGAAGAUUUGCUUGCUUAUAACUCCAUUGAAGAGAUUGAUAGAAGUUUGGAUAAGAUUUCAAAACUAUUACAAUAUUUAAGAGCAAGGGAAUGGAGAAAUAUGCAUACCGUGAAUUCCACCAAAUCUAGACUAAGGUGGUUAGCAUUCCUGGGUAUCGGUGUAACCGUCGCCGUUAGUAUCCUCCAGGCUGUUAUAAUUGAAUUUUUCUUCAAGGGACGUAGUUCGAAUUACGUUUAG